AUGCUAGAGACUCUCUGCCCCAACAACACGUUCAGAUUCUCGUUUCCGGGUUCGGACACUAAAACCCAAUCUAUGGACCUUGAGCUAGCAGAGCUCAUGACACAUAUCGAAAUCUAUAUCGAUCUUGAACACUUCCACUGGGAAAGAUUCCGAGUCGGAUGGCACGAUCACGAGAUCCACGGCAUUAGCGGACAGGUCUGCGAAGUUCUCCGCGUUUGGAACGGUCUUUCCGUCAGACGUGAAUCCUGCAGAAUCACCAUCAAAGACGACAUUUCAUUCAUCUCUCCGCUCCUUCGAUUGCCGUUUUUGGACGCGGUCAAAACUCUGGUCGGACUUGAUACUCUACUGAUCAUAGUGCUGAAAUUCAAAUCGGAUCUGAGGAAGCUGGGGGCUGUCUUGGGGCCAAGUCUUGGACCUAGCACUGUCCACUAUAGGUGGCCUUUAAUCGAAUAUGUCGACCGGGGUUACGGUUGCAUCAAGUUUCACCCGAGAAGGUCCCUGGCUGAACGGCUUGAACAGGCUGCCGGUGGAAAAAUGGCGCACUGA